AAUUUUGAAAACAAAUAGGAACCUAGAUUUUAUUACUGCAUAUAAAAUUGACGUUCUGUAUAUUGUUAUAUCUGUUAUUUCACAUUCAUAACUUUGUUCUUAAAUGUACUAAAUUAAAUGUCAGCCCAUUGGAUUUUGAUCUCUGCCCUCUUCACAAUAACUUAUGUUGAUUCCUUGCUACAAAUAGAAACAAUAAAUCAUGGACAGAUUUUACCCCAGAAAUCAGUGCCAAAUGUGUCUCAGAAACUACUGCGGAACGACAAUGAUAUCGAUGUCAUAAAGAAUAUAUCAAGGGUAAAUAAUGCGUUACAAGAAUUAAUAAAAAACUAUGAACAUUUGCAAAAAAUAUACAAGGCAGAGAGUAUAGAAUCAAACGACUAUUCAACAGAUUCCGAAAUGGAUGAGCGUUUUAAAUCUGAUAAACACAAAAAGAAAAACAGAUCUAAAAAUGAUGUGACGUCGCCAAAGACGUCUGCGUAUGCGUUUCCUGCAACGCAACUUAUAGGAUUUGAUAACUCAGAAGAAUUACAUAAACAUAGUGCAAGCAAUGAUGACACAAAAAGUAUAGGAUCAGAAUCAGUCGAGAUCAAUGUUAAACAAAGAAUUCCAAAGAUUGAACAUCUCCAAGCUCCUCCAGCACCACAGAAAAAAGUUAUAACUUACAAAUUCGAAGAUAGCGAUUCCGAAACACGUGAAAGUGUGAAUGAACGACAAAAGACUCCUGUUGCCAGAGAGACGACUAAGAAAGCGCCAGAGAUUAUUUUUGUCAAUAUGCAUAAAUCUGAUACGAAACCUAAAGAACCACAAAUAAUGGAGUCAAUAGCUUCGAAACCAAAUACUCGUUAUAAGAAAAUAAAACACAGGGGCGAACUGAGAACCACUCCCGAAGGCGAUCUUUCGUUUUCAGCUAUUGUUAAAAGCCAACAAAGAAACAGCAGUGACAAUGAAGUGGGACAGUUGGAAUCUGAAACUAAACCCGUACUUUGGAAUCAGAUCACGGACACUCAUCAAAAUCGCGACCCGAACUUUAGAACGCAAUACGUAGCCCGUUUGAAGAGUACUAAAUAUAAUAGAGAUAACUUUGUUAAUAACAUCACAGACACUCAAAAUGACGAAAUAUUUAAGACUAGAUUGAGACUAGUCAGCAAGGAAAAAAAACCAAGAAGAGAGUUCAGUUCAGAUUACCAGACGAGUACUGUUACUUUAAGAGACAAUGAGUUAAAUAUACAGACCAAAACUUUUGCGACGAGCAACCAGCCGAACAGAAUUCCUGUUAAGCAAGAAGAUUAUGGUCCUCCUGUCGUAGAUCAAGUUAAAGACGAGACGUGGGGAAAAAUUACAAGCAUUCGUAUAAAAAAGCUCGAACCUAAAGUAAGAGCUGAAAUGGAAAAAAAACAAGACGAAGUUAAUAUGAGGCCAGAUAGAAUAAGUUACACAGUGCGCAAUAUCGACUCCAAUAAAGAACUAAAUGAAGAUAAACGCGCGAAGGAUUCAGACGCAGAGUCAGAUGCAGAGGAGAGGGAAAUCAAUAAAGAGAUGUUCAAGACGAAGAUACUGCGCAAAGCGUACGGGGAUGCCUGCUCUAAAGUAGUGGUGAAAAAAUGUCAUAAGGCGUGCAAGUCGGUACUGAAGAGAGUAUGUAUAAGCAGCAGUUGCAAAUCAUCGUUCAAGGACAGCUUCAAGAAGCACGCGAAGACGGGCUGCAUAAGCGAGUUUGCCAAUGACACAGCAUCGUCGGCAGGAAAAAGAUCCGGAACUGAACACAUUUCCAUCAACAAAGACGAUUUCUUCGCAGCCGCGUGUUGGCCGCUGCUGAACCCAAUAGAAAAGCCGGAAAGGAAGAGCUUGACUUAUCCUGCAGAGGGAGAAGUGAAUGGAGUAAAUGAAAUGUUAGUACUGCGCAGCAAACUCGAAAAAACUUGUGGGUCAAGAGCGAGGCAAAAGUGUAAGAACGCCUGCGCGUACGCACUUGCUCACACAUGCGAAUUUUUCCGUUGUCCCAAACGACGUGUGAAAUUGACUAAACGGAGGUGUAAAGAUGUUUGCAACUUUGAGUAUCGAUCUUGCAAGUCUAAAUCUAAGUCUGAGAAAUCUAAGUCAUGUCGUAGUAAAUCGAAAAGUAAGUCGGAGAGUAGUUGCAGUAGUAGUUCGAGUAGUAGCAGUUGUUCUUAAUAGUGGCGUGCAAAAAGUGACAUUCUGUUAAUGUAAUCCCCUAAUUCAUUCAACUCAUUCAUUCAAUCAG